CUCACUGCACGCCGAGCAGACAACGUGCAACAGUCAGAAAAAGAGCCUGGCCUACAUGAAAUGAUCUAUGUGCUACACCAAUGCAUACGUACCUGUAUCUUCGAAUUUAGUGCUCUUAAAGUUAUUUCACGGCGAAGUUGUCGAAGUGGCAAGAUAGGACGUGCAUCAAUCAAGUGAUUGUUUUCCAGAUUUUAGCCGUAUCAAGUGCGGAUUGAUCAAACUCGUACUGAAAAUCGUCAACCAUCUUCUGAACCCAGCUAUUGUCUAAUUAACAUUCAGCAAGGUUCGAAUGGGGGAAUUGAACAGGAGUGAUGAAAAGUGGACGUUUUAGUGAGUGAAUUGUGGUUCCACCGAUAAAACCCGUGGAAAACUUCUUCUAGGCUAUCUGUUUAACGCAUCGUGCGUCGUGAAUUGCUAGAUUCGUACAUGUGAGCAAGCAGACUUCCAGACCUGUCUCCUAAUAGCUUAAUCAACUACACCGGCACAAUCUUUGGCCUAGCAAGAAUUUUUUCGAGGAAAACUUGUCGUCGUCCGUCGUUCUUCGUGUGAGUGAUCUCGAGAGGUGUCAAAUGGCGUCAAGCCGUAAGCGUGACGCGCCGGCAUUAGAUUCUCCAACUGUUUAUGUCGCCUGUGCAGUAAUUUUCGCUGCGCUUGUAUCCUCUACUGUGGCUCUUGGCGACACGGGGCCUACGGCACAAUUCGUGACACUGAAUUCAGGCGAAUACGAUAACGACAGUCCGGUAGAGCCGCCUCCAGGCGAUUCUGGAAACCGGGCGGGUUCAUCAGGAGCAAUGAGCAUCACUAAGGAACGCCUUGCUUUAGACUGUAACCGAAUCCCUUCAGGGGCGAUAGCAGAACGAACUCCUGGCUCAGGAGGAUUCUCUAUAAGACUGAGUGGGUCACCGAAGAAUUAUGUGCCACGCGAGGGCUACACAGUGUCAAUUCAGGCCCCACAGGACGUGCUCGAUUCGUCGUCACCAAAAUUUGUCGCAUUUACUCUUGUGGUGGAAAGCUCGGACCCGAACCGUAUCAACCCUGAUGUAGGGGCAUUUCAGCUGUUCGGCGAUGCGUUAUCGCGCUAUUCGGAUGAGUGCCCCCAGGCUGUAGAGCAGGCCUCGCCAGUGGCUAAGGCGGAGGUAACUGUUUUGUGGACGGCUCCUCCGGCCGCUGGCGCCGGGUGUGUCAGCUUCAAGGCUGCCGUCGUCGAGUAUGCAGAACGCUGGUUUAUGGACGAUGGUAACUUGACAAAGGAGUUAUGCCCAGAAGAGCAGGAUAAUGCCGAUGAGCAGCCUCCUGUGCUUGAAGAAUGCUGCGCCUGCGAUGAAGCGAAGUACGAAAUGACCUUUGAGGGCCUUUGGUCUAGAUAUACGCACCCGAAAGGCUACCCUGAUAGAGUUCUCCAUCUUAUAACGGACGGCGAGCAUUUCAAAUGGUUAUCAGUUGAUUCGGCUGUAUACAGCGAUGAGUGGCUGACGCACUUUUCGGACAUAAUUGGUGCAUCCCACGCGGCCGACUUCAAGAUGUGGGAGUAUGAUGGCUUUGCCUCAGAAGGUGUUCGCAGUGUAGCUGAACACGGAGCCACAAAGAAACUCGAAGCUGAGCUCAAAGCCCAGUCAGGAAAAAUUCGUACUAUUAUUAAAGCUCGCGGAUUGUGGUAUCCGAACGUAAACGGCAAGACGUUCGCUGUAUUUCGUGUAGAUCGCAAACACCACGUGAUGUCCGCUUUGUCGAUGCUUGGACCCUCCCCAGAUUGGCUGGUCGGAGUGAGUUCACUCGAGUUAUGUCUGAAGAAUUGCUCUUGGUUAGCCUCGAAGACAAUAAAUCUCUAUCCGUGGGACGCCGGUACUAGUGAUGGUCUUUCAUAUGUAGUCGCACAACGCGAAGCAUCAAGCCCUCAGCAGCGAAUUCAUAAAAUCACGUCGUCCUUCCCAGCGGAUCCAGAUUCUCCUUUCUUUGAUCCCACUGGAACGCCUAUGAAGCCAGUCGCAAAACUUACCAUUACAAGGCAACGACUCUAUGAGAAGGUUUCGUGCGAUAACGAGGACAACGAACCGAGCAAUGGAGAGUCACGUCAUCACGUUAUCAGCAUCAGUGAGGACUCAGGUUUCGAAGGAUCGAAUAGCAGUAUGGGUGCCGGCAGCUCCGCGUCAGGAAGCUCCUCGCUAGAUGCAUGCGCGGUCGGUCCUUGGGGCGUAUUUGGUCCCUGUUCGGCGUCUUGCGGCAUCAGCAACAGCGGGAGCGGCGUACGAGUUCGUACGCGCGCCUACCUGCGGGGUGAAGCGGCUGUGGCAGCUUACUGCCGAGUCCAACUAAUCGAAAGUGCACCGUGCGAGGUAGAAUGUACCAAUGGAAUAUCAUGCGAAGCGACACCGUGGACGGAGUGGGCUGAAUGCAGCGCCACAUGCGGAAAGGGAGUCCGCUUACGUCGAAGGAAAUACAAACAUCACAUGGCUCGUCGCGUCUGCUCCGUCGAUCUUAUGGAGAAGGAGCAAUGUGAAGCGGCCAUUGCAUACUGCGUACCGGAGAAUAUUUCUCCAGCGUGCGCGGUCAGUCCAUGGUCCGAGUGGUCUUCGUGUUCAGCGUCGUGCGGGACCGGGUUCCGCGUCCGGACACGAGGCUAUAUUAAUAGACGGCAAGCUGUCAUAGCUCGCUGCGGCAUAGAGCAACUUCAACGAGCCGUGUGUCGAUCAAAGGUGGAGUGCGGGGACAACGAAAAAAAAGGCUCUUCUCCACUUCAAUUUCAUAGACCAGCCCCGCUAAGGAGAACUCUAAUACGAGGAGGCCCGAAAGCAAGCCAUCAGCUACCCGGAGGGCACCGGGGGGGCUGGAUGUCAGGAGGAAGCAGUAGCAGCCUAUCGGGUUGGGGUGGGGCACCGUUGUUCGAGCCGCCCGUGACGGUCGUCUCUGAAGAGGGCGAUCCUGUCGAUUGCGUUCUGACCCGAUGGUCAGAGUGGGGAGCAUGCACAAAGACGUGCGGUCUCGGCCGGAGAGAGCGGCGGCGAAUGGUAAAAAAGAACCCAGCGCACGGCGGAAAGUCAUGUCCGAAAAAGCUUGUGCAACGACGAAGAUGCCGUGAAAAUCCGCCGUGCAGAUCCGGUAUCAAGCAACAUUCUUUGGUGACAAGUUUGGUGCCCUAUGCGGAUAGUUUGGCGAUCAUUUCGGUGCCACUAGUACCGUAAAGACUAAUGGCUGUAAUAUAUAAUAAUUAUAUAUUAUUUACAAUGGAAAGACGGAUUACAUCAAAGAAGCAGGUGUACAGAAGCAACAAAUUUACCAUGCAAUUAAUGACAAGGGUUGGUCGCCAAUGCAGGGAUAAACUCCGGAACGAUUUCGUCUUGAGUUAUUUGUAGAAAGAUAUGCCGCGUGGUCGUUAGCAGCUGAUACUGAAAUACGCUACGACGAACGUAGACGUAAUAACGGAUAUAUAUCGAAAUCUGGCGCGCGAAAUUGCUCUGAGAAGUUUCGACGACGCGCCCAAUAGACAAGUUAUUAUAUAUUACUCGCCGUACGCAGACGAAUUUUCUAGCAUUUACGUGCGUUCAGCGCUGAACGGCAAAAGAACUAUGUUUAUUACCAACUAGCACCUAUGCUGUAAAUCUCAGUAGAUCUGCAUAGAGUGCAUUUUUGAGGCUAGAUUUUCAAGUUGUGCGGGACGAGGUCGUUCGCCUUUAUAGAGUCAACAGUACACAUACAAACACAGUCUAUUUGUAAAACGAACUUUAAUAGUCCGCUCGUGAAGUCGUAAACAUUUAGCUUAGGAUAUGUGUAUACAGUGCUCAAAUGAGGGACGUGAAUUCCUUGUGCGCCUCCAAGUCUUUUUUUUUUUGUCUUUUUUUUAGUUAGACUUACUGUUGUUCACCCAUAAUAAUCAAUUCGAUUUAUUUACACAGAUUGUGUAGUAUGCGUCGUUGGCAGGACCUGAAGCAGGCACGCCUGCUAUCUACUAACCGGAAGCUUCCAAGCCACCGUAUCUGCAUAUGUUAAUAAUGCCUUUACAGCACAUUUCUAGAUGCUCAUGUUUUUCUACACACAAACACGAUCUCGUCGGACAGCUGUAGUCGAUUAAAAAAGUCAGGCUAAGAUUCACUGGUCAUCGGGUAACUUUCAACCUAUACGUUUGUAGAUGUAGCGCUAUCCCGCGAAGCGCACUACCCACUGUGUUCCGUUGCAUCGAUGCUUGAAUGAUACUUGUUAGUAUUUCUAAAAUUCUACAAUACGCUAAAAAGUGAUCAUUAAUCUAUGCGUACAUUUAUCGAUACGAGACAUUAACUGAAGCAAGAAAUUUGGCUCUAUCAGAAGUUACGCGCACGGGAGGAUGUCAGUUGCCGCCGUCUCUCCCGACUCGAGUGGAUCGGCAUUGGUUCGUUGCCAACGAGCGCGUUCCAUGUCAAUACUUAGGUAAACAGAAAUUGAUAUAAAGAACACGGUACAGCAGGGGCGAGCGCUUAGUUCGCCAGAGAUUCUAAGCACAAUUGAUUUGGUGCAUCAUUUGCUGGUCGGAGGUCACGGCCUUCGUGUACAAUGCCAUCAUUUCGGGCAAUCAUUUUGCCUAUCACGCGCCCAGCCGAACUACCGAAUGCGCGUUGAUGGUGUGUUAUGUCUUCCUUGAAAAAACGUACGUCCUUGUAUCGGUUCUAACGUGAUGGAGGAACACAUAGCUGGAUGUUGGAGGCAGAUAGACGUUUCCGCCAUUACGUGCGGAGCUCACAAAUGAUGAUGUUUCAAAAAGUGCGCUAAUCCACAAAGAGACAGAGCUCGCAGCGAUAGAACAAGACGAAACGCUAUUAUGUCUGCCUGCCUCUGUGAAAAGGAUGUCAUAUAAGAAACGAUGCUUGACCAAAGCGACCCCAUGUUAUAUCUUAAUUACUGGCCACCUUUCUCCUUGUCUAUAUCGAAGAAUAGAAAUGAUGAAACUGCCCGCCGGUAUCACUUGACGCCCGUUAGCAAGCAGGUUUUCUAGAGGUGUACCGCAUUAUUUUAUCAUAAAAAUAACCUAUACGAUCCGUUCUGACGAAAGAACUGUCUGUAUAUACGAAGAGAGUCUUAGACGCAGGCGGACGUACUAUAAACUUGUUUCACGUUUAUGGACGUGUGCUUAUUUGUGUGUAAGGCUAGACUAUUAUGAUAAUCUUGCUCACUAUUACUCUUACUACAGUUCGGUUUAAGACGUGAUACAUUGCGUGAUUUCAUCUAGCUAUUCGAUACGGCGAAAAAUUUUGCGCGAUCGUCCUACUCGAAUAGCGUGGCCUUCUUUCUACGUUUUAGGCAAUCCAAUACUUAUGAUAAUUGUCUGGGCGAUACAUUCUAUCAAAUUUGGCGAUAGACUUCCUUGUUUUAUGUGAAUAUAUAUAUCUUCUACAAUUACUACGAAAAA